AGUUAGGGCUUUAUUCUUUGGAGCGCAGAAGGUUAAGGGGGGACUUGAUAGAGGUUUUUAAAAUGAUGAGAGGGAUAGACAGAGAUGACGUGGAAAAGCUUUUCCCACUGAGAGUAGGGAAGAUUCAAACAAGGGGACAUGACUUGAGAAUUAAGGGACUGAAGUUUAGGGGUAACAUGAGGGGGAACUUCUUUACUCAGAGAGUGGUAGCUGUGUGGAAUGAGCUUCCAGUGAAGGUGGUGGAGGCAGGUUCGUUUUUAUCAUUAAAAAUAAAUUGGAUAGUUAUAUGGAUGGGAAGGGAAUGGAGGGUUAUGGUCUGAGCGCAGGUUAUGGGACUAGGGGAGAUUAUGUGUUCGGCACGGACUAGAAGGGUCGAGAUGGCCUGUUUCCGUGCUGUAAUUGUUAUAUGGUUAUAUGGUUAUAAUAUUAAACCUAGCACCUUAAUUCCCACCAACCACACAGACAAUUCUGCAAAGGUUUUAAUAAGAGCCACAACGUGCUCGAGUAACUCAGCGGGUCAGGCAGCAUCUGUGUAGAACAUGGAUAGGUCACAUUUCACAGUGCUGGAGUAACUCAGCGGGUCAGGCAGCAUCUCUGGUAAACAUGGAUAGGUUGAGACCCUUCUUACUCAAAACAUUGCUUAUCCAUGUUCUCCAGAGGUGCUGUCUGGCCACAUAUUGUUACUCCAGUACUCUGUAUCUCAUUAUAAACCUACAUCUGCAAUUACUUGUAUCUCCUUUUAUUAAUAGCUGUCGUGUGAAGCUGAGCAAGCAGCGCCCAUCGUGCGUUAUGCUCAGGAGGAACGGUACUCACUGUCCACUUCGUCCAGGAUAAACUCAUCGGAGGUGAUGUCCCGUUCACCCAUCAGCAUCUCACCGCCCACUGCCUGCAUCCGCUGCCCCUACAACACAGAAAACGCCGGUAUCAUCGUACAAACUCCAAAAACCAACAGGUUUGUGCGUUAACGACUUCUGUAAAAAUUGUAAAUUGUCCCCAGUGUGUGUGGAUAGUGAUAGUGAGCGGGGAUCGCUGGUCGGCACGGACUCGCUGGGCCGAAGGGCCUGUUUCCGCGCUGUGUCUUUAAACUAAACUAAACCCAUGCUGGGAGUUCCACCCGACUAGCGCCAGGGGGGUUUAUGCUGGAUGGUGAUUUGGGGAAGAUUUCCACCAUGAUGUCUACAGGUGGGUAGUUUAUGGCCUCUGUGCCUUCAGUCUCCAUUAGAGGUUAAAGGUCGGCUGAGCAAGGCCAGUUCGUGCCUUGGGUUUGGCCAUUCAUGAUUGCUGCAACCAAAGAUCAUAUAAAGAUCCUCUGCUAUAUGAUCUUUGGCUGCAACUGUUCACGACGUUGCUGUCAGUGGCCCAACUUACACUGGUACCUCCCCCCCCUCCAUCACCACCGUCGUCAUCGCGGCCACUUCCGGGCAAUGGCGGACUACAACUCCCAGCAACCCCCGCGGCGCGGCCUAGCCCGGGACCCGCAGCCUGGACCUGGAGUUGAUCCGCAGCCCCCUGGGCCUGGAGUUGUGCUCUCUGCCGCUUGCGGCUGGAUUUCUGCUCCUUGCGGCGGGGCAGCGGCCUAGCCCCGGUCCCCACAGCCUGGGCCUGGAGUUGUACAGCCGGCCUUCUCCCUCUGCCUUGUCCCCCAGUCUAACCCAGGCCAACAGACCCACAAACAACAGCAGCCUCUCUUCCUCCUUCCCCCUGACCACAUCGCCCAUCGCUGCUGUGGAGCAAGGAUCUGCCUUUGUUGCUUCACACUGAAGACAGUCACUAAAUCCUGCAGUUACUCAGCGGGUCGAGCAGCAUCUGUGGAGAGGAAGGAAUAGGUGACGUUGCAGGCCGAGACCCUUCUCCAGAGACACCUUGAGGCCUAAGGGAACUCCAGCAGUGGAUAUAAUCCUCUCAGGAAUGAACUCCAAGCCAUUGACUCCUUGCAGAGACCAGAGGAAUUAUUAUGUGUGGGGUGAAAGACCAAGAGCAUUGAUGCUUGUUUUAUUUCUGCUCUGAAGCUGUGCGCUGGCACCAUCGAGACAGGCUGCUCAGUUGGGAUAUUGUUGACCGAGGUACAGUGAAAAGCUUCUGUUUGCAAUGAGCUGCCGGCAGCUGAUCAGCUUCACCCGGGCGGUGGAGGAUGGAGACGCUUGGAGGGACGGUGAACGGCGUGUGCCCUGCUCUCCCCUCCCCAGGGGGGGAGGUUUGGAUGGGGAGCAGGCCAGGAGCUUCUAUGAGAGCGUCCUUGCUUCCAGCAGCCAGGCCAGCACCAGCAGCCGGGCCAGCACCAACUCCAGUGCAGUCCGUAAACACAAGGCCGAGUGGAGGGGAGUGCGGGCAGGUGGCCCCAGCGGGCAUCAGGUCGAGGGAGGGCAGAGGAACGGGCAUCUGCUGCUGAAAUCUGCUCAGAACGGGGACCUCAAAAUGCUUCGGAGGUUGCUGGAGACAGGAGUGAGCGAUAUAAACUUCCGGGACAGUUACUACUGGACUGCCACCAUGUGUGCAGCGUACAGUGGGCAGCUGGAAGCAGUGAGAUACUUGCUGAGUCUUGGAGCUGCAUGGGUCGGAGUGUGUGACUGCACGGGACGCGAUGCUCUGGAUUUGGCCCGACAGGCUGGACAUGCAGAAAUUGUCACCACUCUGGAGGAAUAUCACACUCCAGAGGAACAAGAAGACCGCAGGGAGCGGCCGGAGGAGGGAAGGAGGAAGCUGUGCCAGGUUUGCGAGCUGGAAUACCGAGAGGACAGCGUGCAGCAACAUGAGAGAUCCACCCUGCACCUUGUGAGCAAAGGCAAUACUCCAGCACCCACACAUUACUCCAUCCCCGACACCAACGUGGGCUUCCGCAUGAUGCUGCGGGAGGGCUGGGACCGGGAGAGGGGCCUGGGCCCCUGCGGGAAGGGCCGCAAGUUCCCCGUCAGCACCGUGCUGAAGAGGGACCAGCGGGGGCUGGGCUUCCAGAGGGGCCCACGGCCCAAGGUCACUCACUUCCAGGCCCACGACCCCGAGGCGGUGCAGCAGCCGCGCGGCGCUCCUGGCCGCGUCCACAGGGUGGCGACUGUGAGCCGCAGGGAGGAGCGGCGCAGGGAGGCCAGGGGCAGGGAGUGGGAGAGGGAUCUCAGAGUCUACAUGGACCUGUAGGUGACCAGAUACCUCUCCAACGGACUGAUCCAUCCUCCAGCACCUCCCCACUGCUCUCACACCUCCCCACACCUCUCCCACUGCUCUCCCUCCUCUCUCUCCAAUCCCCACACCUCUCCCACUGCUCUCCCUCCUCUCUCUCCAAUCUCCACCCCUCCCCUCAUACCCCACCCACACCACUCCUCUCCCACCCC